UGAAAGGGUGCCGGUGCGCUGCAUCGCACGGGAACAGCCCCAGAAAGACGGAGCUGUAGAGGGGAUGCAGCAUCAGCACACGGGAGCUGUCUUCCAGCACCAGCCCCCGGGACAAGAGCAGGACGGCGCGCACGGCGUGGCGAGUCAUUCUCAGAGAGCAGUACCGAGCCCGGCCGGUCUUGCCGCGCUUGCCCAGCCGCAAAACGCCCCAUUCUGCAGCCUGCCUCCGCCGCCGCAACCGCACAAGCAGCGCUGCGCCGCCUCGCUUCGCCAGAACCGCCACGAACCGCCCAGUCCGAGCCCUUUCGCUCAGAAAGGUAGCACCCCUCCUCAGCUGCUGCGGCACGGCGGUCCACCGCCGCUAACAAGCCACGGAACCGGCCAGCGACUCGCCGAUCAGGGCUGUGGCUUGGCCAGCCAGUCCCUGCGUCCGCAACAGGAUCUCGGGGCCGCAGCCGGCGUUAAUUCGCAGUCGGAGCAGCACCUCUUCCAGAACUGCCACUGCAGUUAUUGGACGGAGGCGAACCCUCCUCAGCGGCACCAGCCCCGCUGCUGCCCACCACAGCCCUCCCCAUCGUCGCCGCCGCCGCCGCCGCCGUCGCGGCUGUUUCCGCAGAACCCGAAUCGGGGGGAUCAUUUGCAAAAGGGCGCUAAUUACCAACAGGAGCACCUCGGCAGCCACUGCGGAAGGGAAGGAGGGCUACCAGCGCCGACCCAGCUGUUGCAGCGUCAGCCUCAUAAUCAUUUCAAGCAACAGCAGGAGCAGAACCCCUCCUCUGGCUCAGUAACACGGAAGGCACAGCCGGCGCAGCGGAACAGUCCAGGCGAGUCGGCCGAAGUCCACCGGCGAGCGUUUGCGUUUCAACCUCAGGAACCGCAGCCCGCGCCUCCGUUGCAGGUGCAGCAGCAGCAGCGGCUGGUGGGGAGCAGCCUGCCGACCCACCACUGCGCCAACGGAGCGGGGGAGCCGCACGGCAGCCAGCGCCGGCUACGGCUGCCGCAGCCGCCACAGCACGGCGCGCCCGGGCAACACCUCCCGCCGCGGACGCGUCCGCCGCACUGGGACCGCGACUGCGAGGAGCCGGGCGCGGAAAAUCAAUCGCACCCGCAGCCCCGGCGCUGCCCCCCGCCCUCAGCCGCCCAGCCCUGCCGCCAGCUCGUGAGUAACUUCUCCGGGGGCAGCAGCGCCGCCAGCAGCCUGCUUCAGUCCCCCAGCCGCCGCCUGUGGCCGGAGAACCACGACGAGGAGGGAAAGCAGACCCGGACGGAGCAACAGCAGGUAAAUGCUGAGCCCAAGAAGCUAAGCCAUGCUGGAUCCAAGCCCUCCCUCUCCGAGACCUGUAACCCAUUCCCUGAGAUAGCCAUGAACAGCUGCAAGUACAAUGGGGGUGUGGUGAGACCCCUGGGCAGCUUAGGGUCAUCACGGCGCAACCUUGCGGAGCUCGAUUCGGAGACGCAGCCCCUCCAGACCCUGCACAGCUCCGGCCUGGAGGUGGUGGUCUCCAAGGGCAACGGCGAGGACCCCAGCAAGGCGUCCAGCGAGAGCCUGGCCAGGGAGGGGGGCAACGCGCCGCAGAAGAAGAACAAGGACAUCGGCUACAAGUUGGGCCACCGGCGGGCACUCUUCGAGAAGCGCAAGCGGCUCAGCGACUACGCCUUGAUCUUUGGAAUGUUUGGGAUUGUCGUCAUGGUGACAGAAACCGAACUAUCAUGGGGGGUUUACUCUAAGGAGUCUUCGUAUUCAUUUGCACUGAAAUGCCUUAUCAGCCUUUCCACUGUUAUAUUGCUUGGUCUCAUUAUAAUGUACCAUGCCAGAGAAAUCCAGUUGUUCAUGGUGGACAACGGGGCAGAUGACUGGAGGAUAGCCAUGACAUACGAGCGCAUCUUCUUCAUCAUGCUGGAGCUGCUGGUGUGCGCCAUCCACCCCAUCCCAGGCCAGUACGUCUUCACCUGGACGGCCCGGCUGGCCUUCACCUACACCCCCUCGGUGGCCAACGCCGACGUGGACAUCAUCCUCUCCAUCCCCAUGUUCCUGCGGCUCUACCUGAUCGGCCGCGUCAUGCUGCUGCACAGCAAGCUGUUCACCGAUGCCUCCUCGCGCAGCAUCGGCGCCCUCAACAAGAUCAACUUCAACACCCGCUUCGUCAUGAAGACCCUCAUGACCAUCUGCCCCGGGACCGUGCUCCUCGUGUUCAGCAUCUCCUCCUGGAUCAUCGCAGCCUGGACUGUGCGGGUCUGCGAGAGGGAUACCAUGUAUCAUGACAAACAGGAAGUGACCAGUAACUUCCUGGGAGCCAUGUGGCUAAUUUCAAUAACCUUCCUUUCGAUUGGUUAUGGAGACAUGGUGCCUCACACUUACUGCGGGAAGGGUGUGUGUCUACUGACGGGGAUCAUGGGAGCCGGCUGCACUGCUCUGGUGGUUGCCGUAGUAGCCAGGAAGUUGGAGUUGACCAAGGCCGAGAAACAUGUCCAUAACUUCAUGAUGGACACCCAGCUCUGCAAACGAGUCAAAAACACGGCUGCAAACGUACUCAGGGAAACAUGGCUCAUCUACAAACACACAAAGCUGGUGAAGAAGAUCGAUCACGCCCGAGUCCGAAAACACCAGCGCAAGUUCCUGCAGGCCAUUCACCAACUGCGCAGCGUGAAAAUGGAACAGAGGAAACUCAACGACCAGGCAAACACGCUAGUGGACUUAGCCAAGACGCAGAAUGUGAUGUACGACCUGGUGUCGGAGCUGCAGGAGCGCAGCGAGGAGCUGGACAAACGCAUCGGGACACUGGAGGACAAGCUGGACUCCAUCACGGGCAGCCUGCAGGCCCUACCCGGCCUGCUCACCCAAGCCAUAACGCAGCAGCAGAGGGACUUCCUGGACGGCUUCGCUCACCGUUUCCGGCCGGCCUCCCUGGGCUCGGAGCGCUCGUGGACCCCGACUCGCCGCCGCCGCUCGCCCUCCACCGCCCCACACACGUCCUCGGACAGCGGCUAGCCCCGAGCAGCCGGGGGGGGGAGGGGGCCGCGCGCCCGAUGAGAGCGAACGAUGACGAGACUCGAGUUCGAACACAAGAAUGGAAACGCAAAUCAAACAGAAGAACGGUAGAGAAUAUGGUUUAUGUUUAGCCAUUGUAUGGCUGUUCAAGUUAGCUUUUUUGUAAAGCCCUUGUAUAGUUACUGACUGAGUUCAGGGUGCUGGGGUGAAGCUGGCUAUCACACCUGAAAGUCCUUAACCCAGACGGGAGGAACGAUGGCGAAAACUGCCACUGCCCUGCAAGACAACGGCGAGAGAGCGCGUGGCCGGGAGUAGAUCUGUCGGCCCUGAGGGAUGAGGAGGCGCGCGGGAGCAGGGAUGGAUGUGCAGUGGACUUUCCUCUUACACUUGAGGAGCACCAAAGCUCUUCCAGAAACCAGGGUGGGAGCAGAAGUUCUUUGGAAGCUCCAAUCCGUGCAUUUAAGGGAUGCGAGCGGGAUAGGGCAGUGAAGGUGCCGUCGCUGUCCACUCUGAGCUGUAAAGCUCGCAAUAACCCUUCAAUUAGAGGCAGAUAUAUUUGCCCUCAUCUGAAAUCUGUGCCGAAAACCUGCAAGAAAUUAAUGACAAAUUUGUCUUCGUAUGACAUAUUAUACCAUAGGCAACUAGCGUCUGUUCAGCCAAUUCAGUUGCCCAGUUAGGGACACUUAAACAUGGCCAAACAAGACCUGAACCGUUUAUCGCUUGACGUCAUUUUCCUCAUCAGUCCCACUAGCAGAAUCUACGGGUGAUGUCGAUCGCUGAUCCCAAAGCUUGCUCAGCUCACAAUUCAUAUGAGGGUGGAUGUUUUAUUUUUUCUAUUAAAUUUAAACAAGACAUCCAGACAAAUCUUCUUUCCAGAAGAACUGCCGGCAUGUGUCGUACACAAUGCUCAUAAAUACAACGGUUAAGAUCAUUCUGGUUAAUAAUAAAAUUGUCCCAAAAUCAGGUGGCAGUGAAUACUAUUGGCUAUUGGGAAUAAUAAUAUUUCCUUGCAUUUGUAUUGCACAUCUCAUGCCAAAGGAUCUCAAAGUGCAUUACAACUAUAACCCUUCUAGGAGCAACAUGAACGCCAUUAGCUUCACCACACAGCAGAUCAGACGUAGAAGUGAGAAAUUGCUUCUCUAGUUUAAUUAAGGGGAAUACCCAGGUAGAACACAUUGAACAAGCCAGUCAAAAUGGAAUUAAGCAGGAUUGUCAGGACACCCCUACUCACAAGAGCAGUGCCAUGGCGCUUAUAUAGACCACAAGAAGCCAGGACUAUGCAUUAACAUCUCAUCUGAAGGACAGAAUCUUCUGCACUGUCUCCUGUCACCAUAGCAGGGACACAUUCAUUUAGGCAAUUCUGUCCCGGGGGGCUCUAAUCCACCAGUACAGCUCACAGCAGUAAACUGGUUUUGUGCAGUAGUCUAUCAUCCCAGUACUUUUCAGGCCCAUUCCCUGCUUAUCUUCUGAGUUCAGGCUACGGGCUGCUAAUGCUUCUUGUCUUCUGCUAGUGAGGACUGAGUGGUUGCCAGCUAGAAUUCAAAGGGAGUUAGGUCCUAUUGUUUGUGUAAAGUGCACGGAGCUAUUUCCCAUGAAAAUCUGAGGUAAAUACUCACACGAGUGGAUCUAAUCUGUUUGUAAACAGAGCCUGAAUUAAGCCAGGUAAACUUUGUACUCCUCCAUUAAGGCAGUCGUUCAACCAUAAAAUUGGUAGAUCAGAAAACAAAAAGAAUUAAGAUGUCUCCACCCAUGCAUUCCUCAGUGCAGCAAGAGAUGUGAAGGUCAUUGAUCAUUAGAACAGAGGGACUAAUCAAUUUCUGUUUCACCUGACUGAUUUGUUUUCUCACAUCAUGUGGUUCAGUUACAUUUUCCACCUACGUUCAGGUAUGUCAGCAAAAAGCCGGUACCGUGAAUUUAAACAACAUCUUUGUACGUGUCCCAGCAGAAGGCAGGUACUGCAUUGCUGAGUUUUGAAAAUUUCUCCAGAAUCCAAACAUUAACAAUCCAGAUUAUAUCCCACUGCCAUUUUGAAUUUAUCCAAACCAAUGAUUGAUGAGAGCUUCCAAAGAUCUUCAUGUUACUAAAUGAGGAACCAAUCAAAUGUGUCUCUUUGCCAGGGCUUAAAGUCGAUUGGAAGAGGACAGCAGGCCACACCCACUGUGGAUGGGCGGUUUUGUGACAGAACUGAGAAACAAACCCCGCCCCCUUGCAUGUUUCAAUGCAACUGGUGAUGGAGCUAACCUUCGGGAUGGCUUUAUGUUAUGUUUUUUUCUUUUAUCUUUUUUGUUUGUUUUUUACAGGAAUUCCUUUUUUAUCAUUUAACUAGGGUUUUUUUUUAAAAACAAGUCAAAAUCUAAUGUUAAACUGAGUGGCAGUGAAAGUGAUUGCUAUGUCAAACACCAUGCAUUCCUAGUUCUACUGCAUAUAUAGCAUCAAGAGAAAUACAGAAAAAAAUCAAAGCAGAAUACACAUUUGGAAUAAGCUGUAAUUAGCCCAUGAUCUGGUGCCCAUUUCCAAAACCAGAGUUGAAAGACCUCAAGUAAAAGAUGUGUGGGCAUCAGAAAGCAAUGAUGACAGAAUGAAUGUUUAUGAUGACAUUUUACGGGUUUCAGAUUUGAGAACUUUUUAUUGAAGGGGGGAUUUGACCCAAUUUGCAAAGCUGUGACACAUUUACUGAAGAUUGGUACAGUAUGUGGCAAUUUUUUCUCCUAAAAGUUUAAAAGUGGUAUUUGUCAAGUUGCUUUUAAAUAGCAAAGAUGGUCCAGAGUGACAGUGUCUUUCUGCUCUCUUUAUCGUCUACUUGCAAUACUCCCAAAUUGUUCCUGUAAUAUGAUAUUUUGUCUUAUUCAUGCAAAAAAAGGAAGCAGUUGUGAUGAAGCUGCUUGCUCUGAAUCUUAAUGGGACUUGAUCCCAGGUUACUAGCCCAUCAACAGGCCACAUGCUACUGCUUUUACUGCAGGGAUCUCAAACUCAGUUGCUGGAGGCACUGCAGUUACCUAUUUUACAUCUCACAUCCUGGGCAGAAGUUUUAGAAUUAUGUGAUAAAUUAAAUCAUUAGGUCAGCUCAGGUGGAAUAAAACCAAAAGACACUGGACCUUCCAGGAGCCGAGUUUGACAACCUCAGUCUACUGUGUUGCUACAGACUUGCACACUUUUAUUGUUCUGGUUGUCAUGGUGUAGGUCUGACUCUGCACAGUACUGCAGGGAGAAACACAUGGAAAUCGGUGCUCGGAAUACAGGGAUGUGCUGCACCUUUGUGAAUGAGCAAGUCCUCCUGAAACUAGUGAGAACUGUAAAAAACCUCAGUUGCUGUUAAACAUUAAGGUGACUACUGUAGAAAAAGUGUACUUGGUACUGUUUCAAAGAGCCACAGUUCCAUCUCCUUCACAUGGUAGCAAAGCAAGUCAGCAUCAUGAUGCAUUAUGGGUAAUUACAUACGGUUUGAUGUGGAAUAUCAUCGUUGGGGACGGCGUGUUUCAGAAGCUGAGAAAUGCAUCGUGCAGCAGGUCAGGUUGAACUCAUGCCUUUACCUCCUUUGACGAUGAUGCUCUUUUAAAAGCCACUUUUUUUUUCUUUCAUUCACAACGGAAUGAUCCUAAACUGAUUAUUGUGAUCCUCUAUUGAGAGACAGAUGAUAAGUAACCCAUUAAAACUCUCCUGCAGGAAAUGAUGCUAACUAUUUACUUCUAAAUCCAGCGGGCCCAUACCAAACAAAUUACAACACUGAAGACAGACAAAUUAUUGCAAACAUCUGAAGUCUACAUAUUGUAAUUAUAGAUGUACUUGGAAGAUGCAGUAGACAUUAUAUAAAGGUACUGUAUCUUACCACCAUUUCUAAACAACAGGUCUCAGUAGCAAAUAAGAUACUGAAAUUCUAAAGUGGUGUUGCUUUCAGGAAACAGGAAAGUAUGGGUCUACAUUCACAAGACUGGCAGAACAAACCGUCUUGCUUUUAUGUUUGCACCUUUGGUGCGUAACAUGUUAAAAAAGCUCAGCUGUCAUUCUGUGUCUAACCACAUUAUUCCUUCACAGAAAGGUCUAUGCUGGAGCUAGAGCAGAUUUGAUAUUCUUUUUAUCUGGACAGGAAGUGUAGCCAUUUUGGGCAGGAUGUUCCAUUACUUGAGAUGCAGCAUAGCAAUGACUUUUGUCCUCUAUCUAUACUAAACACGCACACUCAUAUGUGCCUACACUUAAAAGUGCACAGUGACUGAUCUGGGCAGAGUGCAUAACAUUACACCUUUGAACUGUAUACAGUAUACUGCAGCAAAACCAUUUAAAAGGCAGAACUUCUUCAUGUGAUCGGAAAAAGCUUCAGUUUUGAGCUGACAUAUGAAACAUUGCUUCCAAUACCAUUUCUAAGCUUGGGUCUGAAAUCUUUAGAAUUAAAGUAACAUUUUUGGUUAAUAUGACAUCAGUUUAGAUCUGGUGGACUCUGCAGUUAGCAAAAAGGCUAUAGAUUCCAUAUUCCAAACUAACAAACUAUACAUUAUACUAUUUCCUACUCCACUGUGAGUGUCAAGUUGGUGAAUGUGGAACAUCGAGGCCACGUGGAGAUUUGUAUAAAUUGACCCGGGAAAUGAAACCUGGCUUUUUGGGAGCUGAGAUCUGUGGAUGUCCAUACUGAAUAAGACGGAAGAUUAUCACCAAUGUGGGCAUUUUGGAUCCCUUAAAUUGUUCAAACCGGACAGAAUUUGAUAGUCCACGACAAGAUCUGCGGUUAUUUUGCUCAUUUGUUAUAAAUGACGAAACAAAAAAAAAGUACAAAACCUUCUAUGACAUCCAUAAUUGAUAGGAUAAUGUUUAAGCCCUUUUUUUCUCUUCAACGAGAAAGGGGGGAUUUGUUUCCAAACACGUGCAGAAAAGCUGAGUUUCAGAGGCAGCUGAAAGCCAUCGGCAAGCAGAGAGCUCUCGUGCAAGAUGAGAUGUGUGCUGUGGGAGUUUGAAAUGGUAACUGUGUACAUUUUCACAUUGCAGGAAAGGUCCUGUGGCAGGCAGUGGCCAGUGGACUCUGUGAGUAUGCCCUCAGUGAGGGUAUCACAGGGCAGAUGUGUCUACAGGAGAGUAAAAGCCAAUCAGAGCUGAGUGACCCCCCAUCACAAACACUCCACCCCCACCUUUGCUAUAUGCCAGAGUUUCAAAAGCCCCACAACAACACUUAGGGUGUCACCCCCAAUCCCAUUUAAACUCCCCAAACAGAGCCCACAUACGGCUCAAUUUGUGUACCUCCUGCCCCACCCCCAGCUUUGCCCCAGCAUUUAGAUUCUUACAACAGAAUCCAUAUUCUCCUGUAAUAGCCAAAAGUCACCGUAAUGUAAAAAAUAAUACUAUGAUAAUAAAUAAAACAAAAAAAUACAUUGAAAAAGAUGCAAGUAUGUAUCUAUUAGACAAUAUUAUUUCUCAGUAGUGACAUCAGAUGAUUUAUAAUUUUUUUAACAGGAAAACAAAUGAAAUGUAUAAUUACUGUUUUAUAUGCACUGCCACGCCAUGCAUAUCUAGUAGCACUGGAAUAAAAAAGAACUGUAAUGAA